AUGUUGAUUCUCAUUCUUGGUUUGAUAUGUGUUGUAAAUUGCUGUAAUAUUCGUCCAGAAACAAUCAAAUGCGACGAAGGAUGGACACCUAUUCAAAGAAAACUUGGUGGAUGGUGUGUGAAAAUCAAGGCCAUCAACACAUUCCCCGGUGAAACGUCAUGUUAUGUUUCAGGUGGAUCGGAUAUGGGAGUUGAGAGUUCGGAUGAAUUGACCACAUAUAUGUCGAUGAUGAAAGAAAUGAGUUUGGAAUCGGUUCUUAUUGGCGGUCGAGCAAGAGCUGAUUGUUAUUGUGAGAAAGAAGUAUGUAACAUAACGGAAAAUUGUCAAAUACCAUCAGUCUGGCGUUGGAAUGAUGGUUUUUUAGUGGGAACUGAGAUGUUGAACACCGUGACACCGCAGUUCAAGAGUGAAAAUAUGUAUGGAGUAUAUUUAGUCAUUUCUGUCAAGAACGAUAUAGGCCUAAUUGAUAUCGAUUAUAAUAAUGGCCUUCCUUCAUACUUUUUCUGUGGAAAAAAAUCCAACUAA